AGAAGUUUCCCAAACAAAUAAAAAAACCCCGCAAAAACCCUGCACAAUUGAAUCCCCCAAAUUGUCCCCAUUAUUUCUCUCUCCUCCCAUCAAUGGCUGCCAGAUCUUCCUCAACUCUCCGCCUCUUCUCCCGCCUCCUCCACAAAACCCACCUUCAUCCUCCUCCUCCCACUCUCUCUCCUCACCACCACCCUUCCUCAUCACUUCGUCACCCUCAAUUCUCUCUCUUCUCUCUCUCCUCCUUCUCCACCGCCGCCUCACGCCGCCAACCGAAGAAAGUCGACAUCGGAGCUCGCGCGCGUCAGCUCCAAAAUCGCCGACUAUGGACUUACGCUCUCACAUUUUCCGGCGUUGCUGGUUUCGUGAUCUUAGUCCUUAACAAUUUCCAAGAUCAGCUCGUUUUCUAUGUAACUCCUUCCGAAGCCCUAGAAAAGUUCAAUUCUAAUCCUUCUCGUAAUAAGUUUCGAUUAGGUGGUUUAGUUCUUGAAGGUAGUGUUCAUCAGCCUGCUUCUUCGCCUGAAAUGGAGUUCGUCAUCACCGAUCUUAUGACCGAUAUUCUCGUUAGGUAUCAGGGAUCAUUGCCCGAUUUGUUCAGAGAAGGUCAUUCAGUGGUGGUAGAAGGAUUUGUAAAGCCUUUCACUGAUGAGAUUAAGGCAUCAGGUACGAGUGGAAAGAACAAGGAGGUGACUUCAAAGGCGAGAAGUGGGGAGUGUUUUUUUUCUGCCACAGAGGUGUUGGCCAAGCAUGAUGAGAAAUACAUGCCCGGGGAAGUGGCUGCUGCUAUUGAGAAAAACAAGAAAAAGAUUGAGGAGGAGGCAGAGGCACAGAAGACUGCAGCUGCGUGAAUUUUGUUUUGUGAGUAUGAACUUAUGAAGCCAACAGGGCUUUGAAUUUUUUUUUCCGGUCUCAACAUGAAUUAUACGAAUUGGAGUUUGUAUUGAGUUGAUUUAGGAAAGAGGGAUAGAUUCUAUAAGUUGGUACAGUUUGGAUAAAAGGAAAGGAUGGAAUACAAGAAUUUUGAGGAAAUAGGAUAUUAGAAAUUUUUAUUGAUUCGGCUAUCAUGAGUCUGAUUCGUGCCUAUAUUGUAUUUCUCAAUCAACAGAUUGGUUUUUCCCUGGGAUUAGGCAGGGAAAAUGUUAUAUUCAUGGAAUAAUAGAUUAAUAGUGAAUAAAUGUAUACUUAUGUAGCAGCCUCUGACUGGCUGAUAUUGUUUGUAUCAUUGUCUGAAGUGUGAUUGUGGUGGCUAUAUCAUUGUGAAUUCUGUUUCGA